CAUGGAAACAAUAUCACAGUGAACUGCACAGAAAAUCAUGAGGCUGGUGGCGAGGGAGGGAGAAUAGAGUGUAGAAACGGGACUUGGUCUCAUAUACCCAGAUGUGGACCAGCAAGAUGUAAGAGCCUACCAACCCCUCCAACCAAUGGGAUGAUCGUAUCUCCGAAAACAACACACGGAGCUGUAGGAUUAUACCAGUGUAAGGACGGAUUCAAGCUACAGGGCCGGAAUACAACAAAAUGUGAGUUUGGAACAUGGUCUGGUGUAACACCAGUUUGUCAGGAACUCUACUGCCAGUUCCCAGGAUACCUUUCAAAUGGACGUAUCCUGUUGGUUGGAAAUAUGGGUCUCUACGAUUACAGACCUUAUGUGAAGAAAAUUACAAAUGAUCGACAAAUAAUGUUUGAUUGCAACAAGGGUUUUAUAUUAUCCUUUGGAAGCCCACAGGGGGCCACCUGUAUAGGGGGAACCUGGUCCCCUGAAACUGUUCCUGUCUGUAUCCCUGAGAACCAUCCUCAUAUUAGAUGGCUUGAUAAACGAUCUAUCAGAAAAGAAGUUUUAGAGAAGUUGUUUCCUUCUUCCCUUCUUCCCUCUUCUACAUCAUCUCCAUCUUCCCCUCUUCUAUCUUCCACAUCAACCCCAUCUUCCCGUCUCCUAUCUUCCACACUAAGACCUGCUCCCCCUCUUCUGUCUUCUACAUCAUUUCCAAUAUCUCCAAUAAGAUGGAAAGCAAAUCCAUCUGAGGAAGGGAACACAAAUCUUCCAGAGGAAGGGAGAGCCGCUCUACCUGAGCCACAACUAAAACCACUCCAGACAAACCUUGCUUAUAUUCCUAGGUUUGUUGAAAAUAUUGAAAGCAAGAAAUAUCUAAAACGUGCAUUGAGACGAGUAUUAAGAAGGAAAAGAAACGUAAAUGGAUUAGAGAAGAACGAAAACAUCAAGAAGGAGAUGAAUGAUGAAGAUUGUUCUGAAUUAAAUGCUGAAAAUCUUAAUAUUGAUAUGCUCAAACAUCAGGCAAGGAGCAAUAGUACAAAAUACAAUGCUGAUGGGGUCACGCUGUACGUAUCAUGCAAAAAGGGAUUCAUCCUUAACUCAACCAGGAAUAAAAUUGAGUGUUUAUCUGGAAAAUGGAAACCCGCCAUACCAGUCUGCACCCCUCUACCCUGUACCCUUCACCAGGAUCAUAUGAUCAAUUAUAGAAGCGCAGCUACUGAAUUGAAGGCUGGAGAGAGUGUAGAGUACGAAUGCAAGAAAGGAUACAGUCCUCAAAACUCAAGUUUGCAGGUUACAUGUACAGCUGGAGCCCUUGUACCUACUCCAGUCUGCUUGGGGGAUUCAUGUACAGUACCUAAACUUCAAAAUGGAGAGUACACCAAAGAAGUAUCUGCUGGAGACAGAAUAAAGCAUGAUGUACUCCUGGAGUACUCGUGUAUUCCUGGAUACCAGAAACCUACUCCUAAUCCUUUACAGUGCAAGGGUGGUAGACUGAUUCCCUUUGAACCUGAAUGUAUUGAAGAAUCUGAUGCUGCUAGAGCCGAACCAUUAAUAUCAAAUAUGCUUGAGGAAGAGUUCUGUAAUUAUUCAACUGAAGAGGAGAAUCUUGUUGCAUUUCUUGGAGACAGGAUGCUUUCUAGCGAGGAUAUAAUACCUGAGGGUUCAAAGGUUGUAUUUCGUUGCUCUGAUAUUGGAAAAUUUAAACUGAUUGGAGCCUCACAUCUCCUCUGUAAAUCAGGAGUUCUAAGUGAAAAUGUUCCAACCUGUGAAGGAUUAAACCAGCAGUAUAAUUAUGCAGAGGAGCUCCCUCCGACAGUUUUGUUCCGUCAUGAGAAUGGUCCAAUAGCGCAGAGCAACACAGGAGCACUCCUUGUCUAUCCUAAGACAACGCUGCACAUGGAAUGCUUAUUUCAGAAGAAGAACGGUCAACCCAGAUGGAUUCCAACCAACUCUACAAAAAAGACCUAUCCUCAGGGUUGGGCUCAGGGACAUAUGAGAGACUCAACUCUAGAGUACAGAUUGAGCAUUUACCAUGCUAGUUCACAGGAUUCAGGGGAGUACACCUGUAUUACUCCACUCAACAACUCCCACUCUAUACAAAUACAGGUUGUUGCUCUAGAUUGCCCAACUAUAAACCUGACUAAUGGUCUUGUAUCCUCAACAACAGUCACAAGACUAGGAACAGUUGUUAGGUUCUCCUGUAAUAAUAGUAACAGUUUAGUUGGUGCCCAAAAUCUACGUUGUUUACCGACUGGUAAAUGGAAUGGUUUGAUCCCUACCUGUGAUCAAAUCACUUGUCCUGAUAUUAAAACCAUCAUCAAGGACCCAGUAGUAAAGAUUACCAGUACUGAGAAUGAAUCAAAUGGACGAGUGUAUUUAGCUUGCCCCAGAGGAUUCAGAAUAAAUGGAGAUACAAGAGCAUUCUGUCAACCUAAUGGAGAAUGGUCUCUUAGCUCACCCUCAACAUGUAAACCAAUCAGCUGCAGGUCAGUCUAG